UCAUACACCAUACGGAAACGACGACCGACGAGACUCGUUAACCGAUCGGUCUAUGUUAUACGAUCAUACUAGAUCAAUUUAAUUUCCUUCAUGCCUUUCGAUAGCAUCUCAUUAUUAGCUGAGCCUCAGUGGCUUUUGGAUGUGAAACAAACGCAUUAAUUCGUGCAAACUGUGAUAAAGUGAUUGUCUCUUAGCAAAUCUUACAUAUUGGUUGAAAGAGAGGGAAAAUCUCAAUUCACAAGCCGAAAUAUGCCGGUGAAAAAGAAGGUUGUAAAAAAGGGGGCAGCUGCUCCUCCUCCAGAGCCCGAGCCGGAGCCAGAGCCUGAGCCAGAGCCCGUUGCUGAAGAACCAGAAGAAGAAUCAGAAGAAGAGGAAGCGGAGGAAGAGCCACUCUCCGAAGAAGAAGCUGGGGCGUCCAAAUUUGAGCUGUUACACGACUUCAUGCGAGUGACAAAGGAUUUCUUAGAUCAGUAUGAUGCCAUGGUGGAAAACAGGAACCAAAACCGAUCUUUGUUUCUCAAAAACUUGAAUCCGUUGAGAGAGAUCAUGAUAGCUGUACUUCACCAAUUCAUUAUGAAUGAACUGCCGAGGGAGGAUUACCUCUGUUUGCAUAUAAAAUGCUGUGGGGAAAAACUACUCAACAACGAAGAAUUCACGUUACAUUACGAAGAAACUCAUAAAAAAGAAAACAGACGCAUUACACUGCCAGAGAUACAAACAAUUGCUGCCUAUCGCAAAUGGUGCCGGAAGUACAAGGUCAGAGGAAGGGUUGUUAACAAGGAGUUACUGUUUGUGCUCAGGCGACUGCUGCGGAAAACCAACACCAUUCUGGCAGGAGCAUGAAAAAUACCUAUAAACACUUUAUCGUAUUUCUUUACUCGACUGUUGUCUUGCUUAAAGCUUGCCAACAACUGUUUAUGAUAAAUAAAUAAUAAGACUAUUUGUGAGCAGGAGAUCAUUACAGAAGAA